AUGCCAGACCUCCCAGAGGUGCUUGAGACAAACACCGACUUCCUGAGUGUAGAGAGGAUCCAUGCAUUAGAGCACAUAGUGCGGCAUUACACUGGACUUGAUCAUCUUACCACUGAGAACUUGGAAGAGGUUAUUGUUAGUCUGUCGAGAAAUCAAGAUGUGUCGUCUCACAAUAAAAAGCACCCUGAGCAAAACUCAAUUGGGGAGUUGACAGUCCGAAUUUUGGAUAGCCCAGACAAACAAAACCAAUCACAACGCUCGUACAAUAACAAGAGUCUCUCCCAUUCACAAUUCCUCCGGCUACUAUUCGAUAAACUCGACUACCUAUAUCCAAACGAUGAUCCCCUGGAUUCAAGCUCCUCGCAAAUUCUAUCACAUGGCAUAAUUGUUGUUGAAGCUGCAUCAGUGUUUCCGACUUUCGACACAGCUUCCAGCCUUAUCAGCAUAUUCUUCGAAUUUGGUCAAAUGAAUUACUUCUAUCUCGAUGAACUCAUGUUUCGUUCGAGCGUUGAGCAGUUCUAUAAGGUACCCUGCACACUGACCCCACAGGAUGCUCCGCGGGUCUGCACGGUUCUGAUGGUAUUUGCCAUUGGCGCUCAGUUCUCGCACCUCCAAGGUGGAGAGCGCUACCGAAGGCAAAUGAUACAAGAAGACCACGUUUGGAUGGAUGAUGCGCUUGCUUUGAUGUUUUUCCGCCAAGCGUUUAAGCUAGUACCAGAUGUUUUGGCAAUAGGUUCUUUGGAAAGCGUUCAGGCGUUACUUUUGAUGGGCUUCUACCUUCUUCCUCUCGGGCAUUCUGGCCUUGCUGCUACCUAUCUAUCAACAGGCCUUAGAAUGGCUACAAAUUGCUGUUUGCAAUUUGAUGAUGAAAUAUCACUUACGGCAAGGGAAAUCGAGGUUCGGAGGAGGCAUGUCUGGCACACGAUGAACGGACUGUUGGACCUCGAAUCAACUCAACAGAUUGAUAAGCUCCAAGAUGUUCUUGAUAUUCGUGAUCAGCUGCUCCUAUACUGGGAUACGCUCCCCGAUAACAUUUUUGGCAGGGACCUUUGUCCUCAUAAACCAUUGUUCCGGCACAACGCUUACCUUGCACUGAGCUACCACAGCAUUCACAUCUUCAUCGGGCGACCCUUCAUUUUUGAUCGAAUUGUCGAAGAGGAAAUGAGAACUGGGCCAUUAACAGAUACGACAACUAAACUAAUCACAAGCUGUAUCGAAAGUGCUCUUGCUAUAGUUGAUUUGUGUCAGAGGAUUAAAGAUCAGUCUGGUCUAUCACGGUCGUCAUACAUCGAGUUUACCUCGUGUCACGCUGCAGUAUCGGCUCUAAUAGCUGCAUCUAUCUCGGACCGGGCGUCUCAAUGGAAUAAUAUCUGUAGGCAAGGUCUUGAUUUACUGAGAGCUAUGCUGGGCGGUGUGUUCUCCCAGAGUGGUGGAAGGAAAGACCUGGACCGGUUGGAGUAUGCCGUUGAUCAAUUGCUGGAGUAUAACUAUCUUGACCUUCCUGAAGCAAUGGAUGGCGCCACAUACCAAGACUUUUUACACUGGGGGGAAUGCUUUCUAAAUGUUGACAUGGCAUAG